GGGCAUAGCACUGGCCUGGUAAAUAAAGACUGUUCCCCGAAAUUAUGUGGCAGAAGGUCCCUCAAGUCUUUUCAGUCAUACUAUGGAUGCAUCUGUAUAGAUGAUCCUCGCCGUUCACGUAUUGACAAUAUUACCCCACGGCGAAAGAUGACCGCAACAGCUCCCGAAGUGUCAUUUCCUGCCAUGGAGGACAACUUUGCUGGAUGCUUUGGGGCGCAGGUGAAUGACACACAAGAUGAUGACAGAAGGGAACCCGCAGAGGCGACACCAGCGGCGAAGCCCAAAGUCGAGGCUUUAAAAAUCGCAAAAAAGCUCGUAGAUGCUCAUCUGCGGAAGUUCUCGCAAUCCUCCCAAGCCACCUCCUCCGAUUCCCAAGCUGUCGGGUCUUUGCCACCCCAUCACAACGACCCGCCGGUGGGCAGUCCAGGACAUGAUGACAGUGACAGCUUGGCCCAGGAGGGUCUCCUGGGGAUCAUCAUGGACGUCUGCAAGCUGCAUGUCAACGAUGCCAUCCACGACAUUCAAAGGCCAGCGGUUCCCUUCCGCACCUCGACCUUCGGAAAAAUAUCUUUCCGAGAGCGAAAGCCGUCUUACCUGGAUCUUGAAUGGGAAGACGAGGAUCCAUAUGAGGCUGCAGGCGCAUCGUCCUCACACAGUCCGCUCUCCGGGGAUAGUUAUGGAGACAAGCUGAGGCCGCUCCCGCUUCGGGUAGAAUCAGGGAGCAAGUCGAAGGAUCUCAAUGACCAGUGGGCAAAUGAAAAAGAACAGACAAAGACGCACCUUACGGAGAUUAUCAGGAGCCACAUUAGCCGACAUAUUUAUCUGAUCAGGCUCUGUCGCGCUUUGAUGCUCUAUGGUGCACCCACGCAUCGCUUGGAAGAAUAUAUGUCAACCUCGGCGGAGGCCAUAGGAAUCAAUGCACAGUUCCUGUACGCACCAGAUUGCAUGCUCAUAUCCUUUCUCGACAAGGGUACUCAAACCACCAAAAUGACGAUGGUCACAGUCCCCCAAGGAACGGACCUUGGGCGGAUGAGCUGUGCGCACGACAUAUACGUGGACGUCCUGCACGGCACCAUCCCAUUUGAGGAAGGAACCGGCCGCCUACAAGAGCUCAUGAGCCAGGAAGCCCGUUAUGGCGACUCUAUUUGCGUCUUCAUGUACGGCUGUGCGUGCGCCUGUGUCGCCCCAUUCGGUUUCCUGGGCCGCUGGGUCGAUCUCCCCGUGGCCUUCAUCCUCGGAUGUCUGCUCGGCUUGAUGCGUCUCUACUUUGCCCGGAAUCGACUCUUCUCCAACGUCUUCGAGAUCGUCGCUUCCAUCGUCAUAUCAUUCUUGGCCAGGGCAUUUGGCUCGAUACAGGGAGGGCAGACCUUCUGCUUCUCGGCCCUGGCACAGGCUGGUAUUGCUUUGAUUCUCCCCGGGUACAUGUUCCUUUGCGCGAGUCUCGAGCUUCAGACGCGCCACCUCAUUGCCGGCGCCACACGGAUGAUGUACGCUAUCAUUUACACGCUCUUCCUCGGCUAUGGCAUCACGAUCGGAGCCGUCCUCGAAAUCACAUGCCCUGCCCCCUUGCAAAAAGAAUGGAACCUACUAUUCGUCUCCCUGUUCACCAUCUGUGUUGCCAUAAUCAACCAGGCACAAUGGAAGCAGAUGCCUGCCAUGCUCUUGAUCUCCAUCUCUGGUUAUGCCGUCAACUGGCACGCUGGAAAUUUCUUCAAAGGCGCGUCAACGGUGUCUAACACACUUGGAGCCGUGGCCAUCGGUCUUAUUGCAAACCUCUAUUCCCGCUUUGGCGUUGACCCAUCCCUUGCGCUAUACGCCUGGGAUCACUACAUCAAGUUGUGGGUUCGUCGUGUACGAAAGCGAUGCUCCAGGGCAGGCGAUGUCGAGGGCGGAGGGAAUCCAGGUCAUGCGGAAUUCCCACAACAGAGCCAGGCAAGGACUGGAUAUGGCGUUGUGGGGGCUGUAAUGCUACCUGCGAUAUUUGUGCAGGUUCCCAGUGGGCUGGCCAUCGGCGGCAGCCUUCUCGCAGGCAUCAAAAGCGCGGACUGGAUCACAUCAGAGGAAGUGGGCGAAUCGGCCGUUGAGGAUCUGACGGCCUCGACGGGCAUCGCGAUGAACGUCACUACCCAGGUCAUCCAAGUGGCCAUCAGCAUCUCGGUUGGUCUUUCGAUCAGCGCCUUGCUGGUUCAUUUGCCGCUAGACUUCGUGAGCAAGAAAAAAGGUGGUGUUUUUGUGUUUUAG